UUUCACUUUCGGAUUCUUUGUCACGUAUGAGGAAACUGUCCACGGAGCUGUAAACUGCCGUCGUUGUUUCAGGAAAUAUUAAAACCUGUAACAACACAAAGUUAUAUUAGAUUCUGAUUUCUGAUAGAAAACAUUAUGGCUCUUGUUGAAGUGAGCGGUUUAAAACCCUUUUCUGAACCCACUGGGCAGUUUUUCGGAACCAGACAGACGCAUCUAGUCGACCGACCCAAUCAUUACAGUUUUGGAACAUUGAUUCAAGAAUUUGCUGUUCCUGUGGGAGAAGAGCCUUCAGGUUUUCUGAAGUCCUGCAACAAGGAUGGAGGGGUUUGUAUUGACAUGAACCACGGAACGACCACCCUGGCCUUCAAGUUCAGACAUGGGGUCAUCGUUGCUGUGGACUCCAGAGCUUCAGCUGGACGCUACCUGGCAUCCAACGAUGUCAACAAGGUGAUAGAGAUCAAUCCAUAUCUGCUGGGGACCAUGUCAGGUAGUGCUGCAGACUGUCAGUACUGGGAGAGACUCCUCGCCAAAGAAUGCAGGCUGUACAGACUGAGGAACAACCACCGGAUCUCCGUAGCUGCUGCUUCUAAGCUUUUAUGUAACAUGAUGCUGGGUUACAAAGGCAUGGGUCUUUCUGUGGGGAGCAUGGUCUGUGGAUGGGACAGAGAGGGCCCUGGUCUGUACUAUGUGGAUGACAAUGGGACUCGUCUGUCUGGUCGGAUGUUCUCCACUGGUUGUGGAAAUGGUUAUGCCUACGGAGUGGUGGACAGCGGCUACAGGGAAGACAUGACGGUCGAGGAGGCGUAUGAACUCGGCUGUCGGGGCAUCGCUCAUGCUACUCACAGAGAUGCUUACUCUGGUGGAGUCGUAAACAUGUACCACAUGCAGGAGGACGGUUGGAUUAAAGUGUGUAAAGAGGACGUCUCACAGCUGAUCCAUCGUUACAAAGAGGGAAUGUUCUGAGUUAAACACCUAGAGCCCAUCUUAACUUCAGCACUGUGUUUGAUAUACAACUAAAAUAAAUAGUAUUUAUCUAACCAUAUUGUAAAAUGAUAAUAUGGGAACAGUGUUGCUCAAAUUAAACAUUUUGCAAUCUUACAUUGGUAGGUAAAAAUAUUUCGUGAAAUCCCUAAAUGAUGGUACAAAUAAACACGAUUCUAAAUCAAAA